AGCAGAAGUUCAAGCAGAUUACUCGCGGUUCGCUCCCGGGCUCGCAGCUGCAGCGCCGGGCACGGGGCGCAGAGCGAGUCCCGCCCGCCCGGCCAUGGGCUGCACAUGCAGCACGACCGGCCGCUGCCAAGCCAGGAGCAAGAAACGACUAAGAGCUCAGCCGCCAAAGGGGCAGGUUUCCCAGGAGCUGACAGCCUUGAAGACCGAGAAUCAUGUCAUCGCAGCUCCCUUGCACGAGGAUGUGGAGACGAAGACGGCUCUGCUGCUGGAGGAGCAGAAGAGGGAGAUUGCGACACUCCUACAAGGACAUCAGGAGGAAACAGAGAGGCUGAAGGAAGCCCACCAGGCAGAGACCCAGAGACUGACCCAAGACAUUAAGAUCGAGGUGGAAAAGGAAAGAGAUUUAGAGCUUAACAAGCAGCUCUCAGAGCAGUUCGACACACUGAACAGAGAGCAUGACGAGAACCUCCGAGAAGUCCAGAGGGCCCAUGACCAGGAGAUGGUGCUCUUAAGGGAAUCCUACCAAAGGUCCCAGUCUUCCUUACAGGAGACGAUUGACAGGUUAAAUUCCCAGCUGAAAUCCUUCCAGGAGAAAAUGAAACGGGUGGAGGAAUCGAUCUUGAGCAGAGACUAUAAGAAACUUAUUCAGGAUUAUGGGAGCCCCAGCCAGUUCUGGGAGCAAGAACUGGAGAGUCUGCAUUUUGUCAUAGAGAUGAAGAACGAACGCAUCCAUGACCUGGACAAGAAGCUGCUGAACUUGGAAACAGUGAUGGAGAGGAACCUGCUUCUGGAGGAGAAAGUGAAAACCCUUCAGCAGGAGAGUGAGGAUCUGCACGUUCAAACACAGAACCACUUGAUAAUGACAAGGCAACUGUCUGACAAGCUCCUGGUGGUUCGGGAGGCCCUGGACAAGGAGUCCCAGCUGCGGGAGCAGGCGCACCGGGAGAAGGAAGAGCUGCUGUACAGGGUCCUGAACGGUGACUCCUCCCCCACCUUCCCCAUCCCCUCCAGCGAGGUGCCGCUCAUCGCCACGUAGCGCUCUGGGAAGCGGCGACGGAGGCUACUGGGAUGAGGAAGCAACUACAGGACACCUCCUGGAAAAGAAUCUUUUUUCCUUGCGAGCUCACCUGUUCCUGCUGUUUACUCCUCCCCACCGUCGCUGUGGAAGUGGCCGUGAUCCUGGAAGAACACACGAUGGCUGCGAACAAGCAGCUGUGAACUCUGGAAACCCCACGCUCACUUCACACUGGAGUCACGGCCACCGGGCAUCUUGUCCACUCAGGCCCAUACACCACUAACGGUGAAAAUUCUCAACCAGUGAGCCCCAGUGCCUCCAGCUCCCAUUGUCCUGUUUGUCAGGUGGAAAGAGUUUGUUCCCAGUUUGUUCUCGCGCACGACUGGGCUGGGCAGACCCACCCCUGUCAGCCUGGCCGUGAUUCACCUGGGAGAAUGGCUGUUUCUUUGGUGAGAGUUUGGCCCACGUGGACAUUUUGUCGUCAUUUCUGUGCUAGCAGGCUGGGCUCAGAGAGUCACGAGAUUCCGUUCAGCCCACUAAGAAACGUGGGCAAAUCAGGAAUUUGCUUCAGGUGAAAAUUGGCCAUUUUCCCAAAGAAAGGUCACCAUUUUCACAGUGAAAUGAGGCUUUUCUGUGUCUGGGAGAUGCCUGUUUCCAUGGCGGGGGGAUUCAAGAUCUUCCCCCCUCCUUCCCUGUCCCUUCUCUUCCUCCUCAUCUUUCCAUUUUCUUGUUCUCUUCUGUGCCUCUUUCCUUUAUAAACCUCAGCCCCAGGAGAGAUUUUUAGACAUUGCACAAAAACGCUCCAGAUUACUGACACCGCAACUAACAAGUAGUUCUCCUCUACCAUCUUUGAGAGUAAAUGGGGCGCCGGCGGAGAGAAGCUGUGUCUAGAACGUGAACUGCUCCAGGGUCAAUCCUCGCAGAGAGCCGAGUGUCUGCACGGUGCCUGUGUUGGCACAACGGGGGCUGGGGGGAAACCAGUCUGUUCUGCUCUGUGUAGCUCAGUCUGUGAGCGGGAUAGACAAGAUCCCCUGAAGAUGUCUCAGACCUUUGACAGUCUUUCUAGAAGCCCCGUGAGCCCAGGGGCCUGAGUGAAGGGAACUUAGUGGGGCUCUUGAGAACAACGGAUAAGUCAUUGCUCACUCAGUACUGACUAAUUACAGCUCCCCCAUCUUGUACCUUUCCUUGCGGCCCCAUGUCUUACAGAGCCCUGGGCACUCCGAGGGGGUUGGCAUAGAGAGAGACUGUGAGGGGCAGCAGGCAGGGGCAGCUCUGGUGGGCUCCAUUCUCCUUUCGCUUACACUGACGUGACAGGAGCAACUGCCCAGCCUAAGGGAGCGCUGAUGCAGGCUCAAGAACUAGAGAUGCACAUGUCUAGGAGCUCAGACUAGGCCACCCCAGAAACGCGACAGUCAAAGGAUGCGUCACGACAACGUGGCCUCCUGAAUUGUGUGCUCCCUCGCCGAGGGCUCAGAGCCCUGAGACUCUCCCAGGGCCUGUCUUAGAUGAGGAGCCAAAGCCUGCACUGGUGGCAGUGAGUUAAUCCCCCCUCAGCUGAAUUAGAAUUUGAACCAUGGUUGGGUCCCACCCUACAACUCGCUCAGAAUACAGUGGCUGUGCCGAGACUAGCUGGGCCUGUGCUCUGCUAGGGUUGGCGCUCUGCCCAGUCGCCACAGGGCUUGGCAUCCAUCUUAAGACUUGUCUGGGGUCCCUUUGCCACAGUGAUACCAGCUCCUCCUGCGGAAGCCGAACAGAGGCUGCUAACUUUGGGGCAUCUGUUACUCCUCUAGGGUACUCCUCUUCUUUCUAAGUCCCCGUUGUGUUUGUAGUGGUAUGUGUAAAGCCAGCCCCCUCCCUGGCUGUCUUCUCUUUCCUUCCCCCCUCCUCCAUGCCCUAAUGUGCCCAGAGCACUGACGGUGCUCCCCACAGACAGGUAAAUCAGGGCAAGAGGAGAUGGCGGCCCAGAGCAGCAUGGCUGGGGAUCUGACGUGUGCUGAUUGGAUGCACGCAAGCCCUUUCCACUGGGCGUGCGAGUGCUGUCAGACCAAGUGGAGCGUUAGCUAGUGCCACAGACUGCCCCUAAGCUUUGCACCAGGAGUGUGGAGCAGUGUGUGUGUGUAACGCGUGUGUGCUAAAGGCUGUAACAAUACAGUUCUGGGACGGGAAGAUGCCCAAAGAAUGAAAUGUCAGUAUUUUCCA